UGGGCCGCGAGGAAGUCGCAAGAUGGCUGAUGUCGCUUGGAAGUAAUGUUCCCCUCUGCAACAUGAAGCCGUGAGUGAAGAAGAAAGCGAGGGAGGCACCAUCGGGCUUUUAUUUUUAUUUUCUUUUAGUUACUUUUCUUUUAUUUCGUCAAACAUCCAUCUCAUUCCGCGUCGUGUCCGCCCCGGACUUGUCUUCGGGAGUUGACGCGUCAAAUCACGCCGGGGACCCUGCCAGCAGCUAACAGCUAGCCACACAGUUAGCAAAUGUUAGUACAGCUAGCCAGUCAGCCAGGCACACAGCUUGUUUAAUUGAUAUUCUGACACCUGCGACCCAACAAGCUACCGGUUCAAAUGUGCUGAAAUCCGCCGGAGGUAGUGCGGAAUAAGUGUCAAAUAUUUUAGCUGUCAGAUAAGAAAAAUAACGAUUUUGCAAGCUGCUCGGUGUAACAUCAUGUCCGCGAACUGGCCAUCCAGCCUGUGGGUUGCUAACUAAUGCGCAGUAUUGCAUCUGUUUCAUGUGCACAAACCUGCAGGACAGUUAUUUUAUCGGCAUUUUUCAACAAUAUCCACCACCUUGCUGCAUUUCCGUUAUUAGCUGCCAACUACAUGUUCGAUGCUGGUUGUGUUAAAGCCAAAUUAUGGGAGCAGGAAAUGUGUUGAACUUUUUCUGGUUGUAGGUAGCUACACUGGCCUUGCUGGCAUCUCACCAAAAAUCCACAGGGAUGGACACUAAACUGAGCACCCACGACCAAAACUGAGAAAUUGGCAUCUCGAUAUCUCGGAAUAAGUAACGAUAGUUGACACACGUGUACAGCAGUGCAUGGUGACUCAUCUCACUAGUCUGGGCGACACACAAGUUGUUUUGCAGGGUUAACUAAACUACAGUUAGUCACUACACCGGAGACCAGUUAGCUUGCCUAAAGUGCACAGCUAGCUUCGGUCUCGCCCCACAUCACAUUACAAACACGGCGUACAGAACGUAUUCAGAGCCCGCUCCCGGCCAGACACACAGGCUCAACAACACCGUCAUGGGAGUGCAGGGUUUUCAAGAGUAUUUAGAGAAGCGGUGUCCCGGGGCCGCAGUCCCGGUGGACCUCCUGAAGCUUGCCCGUAGCGCGGCCCGCCAGCCCCCUCACCACCAUCACCCACACCACCACCCACAUCACCCCGGGCCCAUGCCUCCCCCGCCCCCGCCUGCCAGGAUCCUAAUCGACGCUGACUCCGGCCUGCAGCGCCUCUACGGCGGCUACCAGACGGACUGGGUGUGCGGGGGCGAGUGGAACGCCAUGCUGGGCUACCUGGCCGCCCUGUCACAGGCCUGCCUGUACCAGGGUGGCCUGGAGCUGGUCGUGGUUUUCAACGGCACACUGGGGAAGGAGCGCUGGCCCGAGUGGGCGCGGCGAGCUCAGGGCCAGCGACAGACGGCGCAGCUGAUAGUCAACCACGUCGGCAGCAAGGCCACCCCGCCUCCCCGGGCAUGGUUCCUGCCCCCGGCCUGCCUCAGCCACUGCGUCCGACUCGCCAUGUUCCGCUUCCGAGUGCGGGUUGUACAGACUUUGGAGGACCACCACCAGGAAGUGCUGUCUCUCUACAGGGACUUUGGAUUUGCCGGCCUGAUUGCUCAGGAUUCUGAGUUCGCCCUCUGCAACGUACCCGCCUACUUCUCGUCGCAUGCACUCAAACUGAGCUGGAAUGGCAAGAACCUGACCACACACCAGUACCUGCUGUCUGAGGCUGCCAGGCAGCUCGGGCUGAAGACACAGCACCUGCCCUGCUUCGCUGCUCUGCUGGGAAAUCAUAUUCUGCCUGAUGAGGACCUGGCUGCCUUCCACUGGAGUCUGCUGGGACCAGAACACCCACUAGCUUCUCUCAAGGUGCGAGCCCACCAGUUGGUGCUGCCGCCCUGUGAGGUGGUGAUCAAGGCCGUCUCGGAGUACGUCUCUUCCAUCAAAGACCUGGGAAACCUGGACGCCAUCGCCAGAGAUGUCUUCAAACAGUCACAGUCUCGUAUGGAGGACAAGGUGGAGCGAUUCAAGAAAGCUGUGGAGUAUUUCUCAGCUGCCUCCAAACCUCGAUCGCCCAACAUGGGGCCCUCCUCUUUCAUCUUACCUGGGUUUGGUUUUGGGGGACCACCUGGCCACAUGGGACCUAUGCAGCCUGGAAAGAAUCAGUUCCCUCCUCCCCAGGUUCCGGGGUUAAAGCCACCCUAUCAAAAUGCUCCAUAUGGACCUGGCUCCACCCCUCUGUUCCAGAACCCACCGCCACCGUCCCAAGACUGCAACGAUGCGUUGACGGGCAAGAUGGGCUUCUCUGAUUGGUCGGCUCCAUAUGAUUCCACUCAGGGGGGAAACCGAUUACCCAAUCAUCACACCGCCACUCAGUCUGGUCCCUCUCCGUCUCCCUCAUCGUCAUCAGAUGGAGAUGAACCCAACGACAGCAACGCAAACCAUUUGACGGACAAGCCCUCUCGGUGGGAGGAUCCUGCUGGAAGGGGGGGCUCGGCCUCUGGAGACGGUUCCCAGGGCAACGGGAGCGGGUCAAACAUUCCGUCACUGUUGUCUAUGGCGACGCGGAGUCACAUGGACAUAACCACACCCCCUCUGCCUCAGGUCAGUGCUGAGGUUCUUCGUGUAGCUGAGCACAGACACCGAAGAGGACUGAUGUACCCCCAGAUUUACCACAUAUUGACCAAGGGAGAGAUGAAGAUGCCAGUGUGUAUAGAGGAUGAGUGUAACUCUGAGCUGCCUCCUGCCUCUCUGCUGUUCCGUGCUGCCAGACAGUAUGCCUACGGCGUCCUCUUCAGUCUGGCUGAAACUCACCGCCGCCUGGAGAGGCUCGCUCUUCGCAAGAGGGCUCCCCUGGAAGUUCCUCCAGUGAUUGUCAAAGAGUGGAGCAGCGGUAAAGCCAAGUCGGCCCUGACUCCGGAGCUGGUCCCGGCCCUGUGUUUCAGGGAGUGGACCUGCCCCAACCUGCGGCGGCUGUGGUUGGGUCGCGCCAGUGAGGACCGCUCCAGGAGAACCAGGGCCUUCCUGGCCUGCCUACGCUCUGACUGCCCAGCCCUCCUCAACCCAGCACAGGUCCCACAGCAUCUGCUGCUCAUGUGCUGUGUGCUCAGGUAUAUGAUGCAGUGGCCUGGAGGAAGGAUUCUCCAGAGACAUGAGCUAGAUGCCUUCCUGGCUCAGGCUGUUUCCAGCCAGCUCUACGAACCCGACCAGCUGCAGGAGCUCAAGGUGGAGAAGGUGGAUGCCCGCGGCGUACAGCUGGCUUCUCUCUUUAUGGCUGGUGUCGACACAGCGCUGUUCAUCAACGAUGUGUGAGGCCAGCCGUUGCCAUGGGAACACUGCUGUCCCUGGGGCUUCUUUGAUGGCAAACUGUUUCAGAGCAAACUGGCUCGGGCCGCUCGAGACCGGGCCGCCCUGCUGGACAUGUGCGAGGGCCAGGAGGAGCUGGUGUCCAAGGUGGAGAAGAUGCGUCAGGCAAUCCUCGAGGGCAUCAACCUGUCCCGCCCUCCUCCUCCUCCCCCUCCUCUUCCACCUCCUGCCUUUCUCCCCCCAGCCAUGGUGCCCCCUUUUUACCCCAUGCCUCCUAUUUACCCACCUCGCCCCAUGGGCGGGAUGCCUCCUCAUCAUCAUCACCCACAUCAUCCACAUCACCCUGCCCAGCACAGACCCAGAGCCUUCCCAGGCCUUCAGUCCAUCCCCCCUCAGGGAGGGAAACUGGAGAUAGCUGGUAUGGUCGUUGGCCAGUGGGCUGGCAACAAACCAGUCCGUGGGAGAGGGGGGUUCAACAUGCAGGUGGUGUCAGUGGGAGCAGGGAGAGGGAGGGGUAAAGAGAUUCCAGCUAAAGUAAGGGGGGUGAAAAAGACACCUACCAACAGAUCACAGACGUCGCCACCCCCGCCAUCCAGCAGUCCCCCAAAGCCCUCAGAGGAGGCGGCCCCCACGCCAGAGGUUACAACUCAGCAGCUGAAUGGCAGCUCAGCAGCCUCCGCCAUCGGCCAGCCCUUGGAGCUGGCCCCCCUGGCCCAGCCAAUCCCGUGUGCCUUAGCCAGCAGAGACAACCAAUCAGAGGGGGUGGAUGUGGAGGCCCCCUGUUGCCUUGACGACUGCCCGUCAGACGGAGCGCUACAGAAGGAGGAGUGAUGGCAUCCUUCCCGGGAUGCACUGCUCUGAGAGAGUUCUCUGUGUUUGACUGCCUUUCCCUGUUUUUGUAGCCCCGCCUGCUAGCUGUGCACAUUAUCACAUGGAGCAGGAAGUGAGGCGAGGCUCCUCCUCGCCGUCCCUGCUGCUCCAUGUGAUAGGCUAAAGCAGUUAGCUGUUACUUCCUUUUUAGUUUUCUCAUGUGGUUUCACAUUGUUUUAUGAAGAGAGGUUUUCUCCAUGAGUCUGUAAGCGCCCCACCCCUCAAAAAUCCUAAAUGCCUCCCUUUCGCACUCAGAGUAAAAUAAGCUUGAAGCCUCCCCACCCCCAUUACGACCCACCACUUAAACGACCCACCCUUAAGUAUGGGUAUCUGUACAGUUAAAAUGUCUUAUUUUGUGUUUUUAAUGGUCCCAUUGUUUUAAUCUCUGCACACAGAUGUUAAGCGUGCGGUUACGGUGACAGAUUGGAUGUGGUUUCCAUGGUUACAGCAUCAAGGCCUGGUCGCCAUGGUUGGUAGUUGUGUGCUGAUGCGGUUUGUUGCCAUAGCCAUCUCGUGUGAGGUUUGUCUUACAUGAAUCCAGAGAGAUGUCCAGAGUUUGACUCCGGAUGUGUGAGUAAGAUUUCAACAAAGUGAUGUACCAUUCUUCUGUGCAGUGACCCUCGCCCCCCCACCCCCUCGCCCCGCACUCCAGCAGCACUGCUAAACACACGAUGUUAGUUUACGUACUAGCAACGAACCCCUUUAUUGAUUGAUUGGUUAUCUAUCACAGGAGCACUUCUGCACCACCAUGGUAUUAGCGUGCUAUCUUACUUUGACCCAUGUAGCAAAGCCUCGUGCUUAGCUGUGCUGAGACCCCAUGAAUUUAUGCACCUUAAGCCCUAAAGUAUGCAAAAUAUUACCCCGCUCCUCCAAAAAAAAAAGUGCAUUAUUAUAUGAUCCUCCCAUCCCCUUUGUCCCUUUCUCCCAAAGCUUUGAUUGUAUAAUCCCAACAAAAAGCACUUCAUGUUGUAUUUAAAUAGGAUAAAUUUGAACAAGCCCCUUGACAGGUGAAUUGACAGUCUGAGAGGGGUGUCCCCUGCGCCUAAGUAAAUCAUUAUGACAUGUAGAACUACAUUUAAAGGUAGAGAUCUAUUUGCGAGACGUCAGAAUGUGAACAGAGUGGUUUCAGACAAAGAAGCACUUUGUUUUAAAAAAUGUUAAACCACACUGGACAGUCUUCUACCAGGUGAUAAAGAAAUGAAAAAAAAAACUCUGAGGCACCUUCUGGAGUUUAAGGCCAAAAAGAAAAGAAUACUGCUGCCCAGCAAAAGAUGGAAAUGAAUGGUGAGGAUUUAGGUAACUGCUGCCAGGCAUAGUUCCCUUCAGACUGGCCUCACGUGUUCAAUCAUGAACUUUGCAAUGAAGCUGAAAGGACUCCUGGGAAUCUUUUCAGAUUUCUAAAAAGUUAUUUCCAAAGUGUAUUUUUAAAGAAAAAAACGGCUCGCCAACUGAGGCAGCCAGCGAUAUUAAAGGGGUGUGGCAACAAAGCCUCAAAGAUCCCCCCCACCCUCUGGUGGUGAUUGAGUAACUGUUGUCAUGACGAUAGCCCAACACCAUGAGCUGCUGCCCCGCGCAGCUCUGGUGUGUCACUUUAGACCAGCAGGAAGCACUUCCCUGCCCUGAAGGGCCUCAGCUGAACACGGCGGAGGCUUUAUGGGUCGGAUCACAUGACAGGAGAGAGGGAGGUCUCAUGGCGGACCCGAGUGUGCCGCUCACAAUCUGAGACUUCUAAGAUAAUGUUUUAUUAGAGCACUUAUGUUUGUAGAGAAUGAGAUGUGUCCCCCAUAGUAGGUUUCAUCUGACUACGGAAAUACAACUUACCAAUAGCUGGUAGCACAACUGCAAAUGUAAAAGCAGUAGACCGACAGAUACUGCCUGAGAGAUGCUGGCCAUGAACAUUGUUAUCUCUAUAAACUUACUAAGAGAGGAUGAGCUCGCUAUGUUAAAAAGAAAAAGGCAAGUCAACAAAGAAGCACCUUAUUUUCUUACUAUGUUGAUGACUUGUGCUCUAUCGUGUGCCACAGAAUUGACAUGGAACAAAGCUCUUAUGAAAUGCCGUUUUGAAGGAAAAAACCCUGACUAUAUAUGUAAGUGUUAAUGUAGUCGCGUCAGACAUCCCCUCAGUUAUGAACUCAACCAUGACAGUAGACCCAGCCGUGAGUGUAGGCCUGCGCUCAUCAUCACAGGGGCUGAGCCACGCCGCCGUCUCUUACACCAACACCAAAUCAGAGGUUCGGACUUGUUAUUGGUAGGGAACAAGCACACAAGUGCUGUCGGUGUUUAUAGGUUAAGAGUAGGUACCAGCGUCGGGCUUAACACAGGACUGUAAUACACAGACACCAAGACUAGGCUAGAAAAUAUAGCUCCACUGGCCGAAAUACUAAGUCUAGAAUUACUAGGAGUCAUAUACUUAACUGCUUUCAACUUUUGACAUUAGUACAAAUAUGUGUAUCGCAACAGUACAUUGUUAGAAGAUGGCUUUUCUGCGGCGAGCCAGAGUGUGAUCUGGUAUACGAUGCCCUCUCUCGAUUCGCUCGCCAGAUAACAGUUACACACACAUGCAUACAUACACAUACAAACAGAACACACACACACACACACACGACAAACGGGUAUUCAGUUGCAUUUGUUACCAGCAGCAUUCUCUCUGCUUUUGUGCUGAAGUGAUUUUGUGCAGUUUCAGUUCCCAGUGGAGUGGUCGUCAGUUCAUCAGAGAUCAUUUUGGUAACACAUUCUACUGACUCUGGAAAAGAAUAAAAUAAAAUCCCACAUUUUCAACAAGUUUGCAUGGACGGAUUAAGAAUACAUGUUAGAGGUGUCACAGAAACAACCAUCUAUACACACACACACACACACACACACACACACAUACACACACACACAGAUACAUAGAUGUUAAACCCUGAGUUACACAGUAGCUAGUAUGGAAAAAAAGUCAACACAAUACAUGAUGUAGUGUCCCUCUCUCGUCCUUGUCUGUUUUAGUUCGAUAGAUAUUUGAUCAGUGAUUUUUAUGCUUGUUAUCCUAACCCCACCCCCACCCCCCCACCCUGCAAUGACACUUUCUCUCGCCCUUACUCCUUCCCCCAAAUCACUUCUUCUUCUCUCUGCCCUUCAGUCUUCCCCAUAGAGUACAUACAUCCAUUCUCACGCACUCACACACACACACCACUCCCACUGAUUCCCAUUAAAAGCAGUCACACACAUAGUACACACGUACAUAUUUCACACAGAGUUUAAACCCUCCCGUCACUUCCUGUGUUUCAGUUCUCUCUUUCACUCCUCUCACCUCCCUCUCUGCCUCUCCUGUUAGCCCCUUAGGACCGUUUCUAUUGGCCGUUUUUUUCUCUUUUUCUCUUUGGGCUGCCCCGCCCCUUAAUCAACCCAACUAACAGUAAAGGUUAUAUUAACGUUGAUAAUCAGUUUCUGUAUGUAUCUAGCCAGAGUCUGGAAAAAAAAAUCAGAAAAAAAAAAACGGUUUUAUUCAAUUGUGCAAAUGUGUUUUUUCUUACUAUUUUUAAUGUUAUUACAUCUUCUAAUCUAAUCCUUCUACCAUUGCUUCAGUUAGUACUGAAAUACGCUUAGCCAACCUAGAGAUUUGAACUGUAAUGAUUGCGAUUUUCCUUACCUGUAUUUUAUAUGGCAUCUUUAGACCACCGUUUAUUAUGUACGUAAGUAAAUAUUGCCCGUUUUUCGAAAAUUGUCGUCUGCACUAUGUUACGAUUCUCAUAAUAUCCCUGAUAACGAUUUCGUGGUCGACUCAUUAUCAAUCUAAGCUGAACUCUGCGCCCUUGCACAAAGCAGCGAAACAUCUCUUGUAAACACCUGAGAACCAAAGUACACCUAGCAUCCCCCUCUAAUCCCUAUAAAGCCCCCUAUAGUCCCCCCCCCCAACCUCCACCCGCCAUCGACGGUUUGCCCCCGAGUAACAAGUUUUCUGAUGAUUAUAUAUAUAAUGACAUUACAGCACGUGUGAUUUACCUGACAAGUCUGUGAGGUACCGGUGUUUUUGUUUUUGUAACACUGUGGUUGUCGUGGAGAUGCAGACAGACAGGGAAAGAAGGAAGGAAGGAAGUGUGUUUGUGUGGACAGUGAGUGUCACUUCUUCAUUGACUGAAUUCAGGCUGUGUGAGCCACUGCACGUGCUCAGAUCAACACUAAUACACAGGAACACCCGCUUUCAGUCACGCUGGGGUUUUGGCGCCCUCUUUUGCAUUUUUUUUUUUUUUUUUUUAACAUGUAAUUGUUGUGCUCUCUCAAACUUGCCUUUAAUUUCCCAGACUCAGACUGAAAUAGCAACUUACUGCUGUACUGAGUCUCUUUAUGUACGUGGGCACGGAGGCUGCUGAAAGUGGCUGAAUUCUCCUCCAAACACAAACCUGAGAUUACAUGUCAUCGUGCAAGCAAGAAAUACUUCAGCUUUAUUUAAGGAAACAAGCUAAGCUCUAGCUCAGUGGUUUCUUAACUUGUUUCAUGUGAAGGACCCUCAGAUCGAUACACAUCAGGUCAUAGACCCUCAUGUGAUAAGAUUUUGAUUAUUAGCCAUGAUUCAGAAGAGUCUCUCAUGACUCUGUGUCAUAUCGAGCUCAGUUUUAACCGCUGGUUGAGAACCACUGACCAGGCUCCAGGUUUUCAGUUGGCUGCUUUUCUUUAGAACUGCAACGAUUAUUUGAUUAAUCAGAGAUUACAACAGAUCAGCAACAAAUCUGAUAACCAAUCACUAAUUUGAGUCAUUUUUCAAGUAAAAAUUCCAAAUAUUGUAUGAAAUAUGAGAAUUUGAUAUUAUCGUUGGAUUGCUGGUUGAAUGAAACAAUCAUUUUUCUCUGUUUUCUGACAUUUUUCAGAUUAUACGAUUAAUUAAGAAGUCUGAUUAAUUAAUAGUAACAAUGUGUUCACUUGGAAUCAGGCGUGAAAACAAGUAGACUGAAUGGCAGGACGUAAAAUAAAACACGUGACGGUAUGUUGCGAUGGUGAUGCUUAAUUGUUUACAAAGAAUGGAAUAAAAUAUAAUAAAUAAGAUCAGUUUGUUUUUAUUAUUUUUAUGUUCCUUUCUUGUAAUAUCCAGCAGUCGCCCGUGUUGUUGCCUUGUGUGAAGGAUCCAUGUCCGGCAAAAUGUUAGAAUAUUUAACUUUUAAUGUCAGUGCCGUCGAUAUGGAAGCAAAUAAGAGGCAAAAAUGUCUGAAUUUUAUAAGCAACUGGAAACUUACUGUUGAAAUUUAAACAUCACUAAAUUAAUAGGACUGAAAUUUUUACUUUGAAAACUGUGUAUUUUAAUUUAUUAGUUCUGAAUUUACCAAUUUAUAUAAAAAAAAAAAUAUUGGUCAUUUCAAAAACUAAAUUCGAUUUUUUUUUUCUUUUCUUUUUUUUUCUUUCCAAAUCGAAAAAUUCGAGUUUCAUAAAUUUAAAAAACAGAUUCAGGUUGCUCAAAUUUGAUUGGUCAAACUCAGAUAAAUUAAAAUUCAAAGAGAAGAUCAGUCAAAUCUGAUUGGUCGAAACAUUCAGGCCUGUCCUGUCUGGUGUUGCUGUUGAAAAAACAAAAUCAGAGAUUUUAGAUCUGAAUUUGGAAGAUUUUAGCAAACUGACAGUUUUACUAUUAUUUUUUUAAUUCCUCAACUUAAAUUUUCUGAAUUUGUGACCAUUUAGAAGAAAUCAUUUCAGCUUUUGAAACUGCAAAUGAAGAAAUUUCAUAUUUGAAUUUCUAAGAGGUUAAUUCAGAUCAAAUAGAUUUAAGAUACAUGGUUUUCAAAGUUAAAUAUUUCAAUGCUAUGAAUUCAGUGGAGUUUAAAUUUCUAUAUUCAAUAUUCAGUGGUUGUUGAAAUUGAAAUAGCCCAGUUACGUCUCUUAUUUGCCUCCAUAUAUCUACUGUUACCAUUGCUGGUAUUCUCUGCCGGCUUCACAUAAUUUUACUGUCCUGCUCUCGUCCACUUAAAUGACAUCUGGUUUGCCAUAUGUCGUCUCUGAUUCCAUGUGAAAGCAGUGUGAUUGUUAUCUGCAGCCUUGAUUUCUUGACGUUAUGUGACAGUGAACUGUAAUUCUUAAAUAUUGAAACAAGUGAUUUGAAGGCGUCACUUUUUUAUAGUCCAAACUUUGAGUAGUUUAACUGAGAAAAUAAUUGUUGCAGCUGUAAAAGACUCCGUGGCCUCAUCAGCAAAUUACAAUCCAUGACCUUGAGCUUUCUUUAAUAAUCCAUAAAAAAUUAUUUUACAAUAUAUCUCCAGUUUCUAAACCUCAGCUGAAGUGUUUGUGAGGAAAAUUCACCUCCUCUGUGACUGAUGAUGAAAAGAUGAGUUGUCCAGCCGAUAAAAGCGUCCUGCCUCACUGCCUGCGCAAAUGGGAGCGCCUCUGAAGAGCUCGACAAUGUUAAAGAGAACCAAAAGUCCCAGAAUAGAAAUGUACUAUGUUGUAUUGUAGAAGUCAAACAGUAUUAUUGUCUGUCAUACAGAAUGUGGAAAGGAGUCAUCAGUCUUGUCGUACCUGUUAUGAUCUAUUUGCAGGAUUCUCGCAGCAUUUUGUCCAGUUUGAAUAAAGGUCCCUAUUCUGUCUGUCUCUCUCUACACUGCCACUCCCCCCCUCAACAGCCCCCAAGCUCCAGUAUAAUCCCCCCCCCCUUCCCCCCUCCAGUGGUCGAGUCCUGGUAAGGGCUCAAGUUGAUCAUUAUGGGCUAUUUCUUGUCACGUUGGUCAAUCGUGCCCGCAGCCACAAGUGUACCGAUGCAUGUACUUCAGUACCCAGGGCCACCCGAAACUACCUGUGCAGCGAAAAAGGGUGAAAACUUACCCAUAAUAUUAUUGUUAUAGAAAUAUUAUCAUCAUUAUUGCUGUUAUAAUUAUGGUUGGUAUAAUUUGUCAUCAUUGUUAGCAUUAUGGAAGCACCGGACUGUUGUGGAAAGAUGAGAAAAAAAGAAAGCUUUUUUUUUUUUUUUUUUGUUAAAUUUGUCUGGCUGUUGGUGGUCUGAUCUCACAGAGGGAGGGGAGGAAUGGUUCAGAAAGAGACAAAGAUGGCAGUCAUGUUUGUACUGGUUGGGAAAUGACUUACAGUGCUGAAAUAAAAUUUAUUCUUUUAGUAAAAAAAGUA